AUGACGACCAGGCUGGGGCCGCUGGAGGAGGACGGCGAGGUGCUGUCGGCGUAUGACGGGCUACAGAUCUACCUGCCGUGUCUGGACGAUAGCGGCCUGGUGCCGGUGGAGACGGCCGCCGGACUCUUCACACUCCUGCUUGGCUUCCGGCGCGGCACGCUGGCGCCGCCCGCCGACGCCUCGCUGUGGACGAGGUUCUGCGAGCGCGACGUGCCGGCCGCCGUGCGCCGCGUGCUGGCGGCCGUCGCUCCGGAGGCGGGCGUCGCAGGUCCGUUCGAGCACCACAUGCAGCAGCCGCUGCGCGUGCACAACGUCUGGAAGCAGGAGCAGGCGUUCGGAGGCCGGGCACGGAAUUGGAAGAGCGGCGACCACCGCAUGUCGUUACAGUGCGUGCGGCACACGUACGCGGAGGGCCACGUGCUGACCAUCAGCGACCUGCUGCUGUACCCGUGGCGUGCGCGUCGUGCAGGAGGCGCUGGAGCCGCACGGCCACUCCGGCUGCUGCUGCCGCGCGUGCCGCCGCAGAGCCUGUACAAGAAGGAUCCGGCGCGCUACAAGCCCAAGAGCCGCCUGUUCACCGUGCAGUCUGACGUGUCGGCGGCGCUGGACCGGCUGGAAGCGGCGCAGUUCGGCAGCCGCGUGGCGGCGCACCCGGGCCACGGCCGGCUCCGGCUCGACUGGGAACGCGCUGCCGGCGGCCGCCAGCCGGCCGAGGGCGGCCUUCCUGCCACCCGCUCCAACCGCAAGCAGCACCAGCUGGAGAACCUGGCCUGGCUGGCAGUGCGCGCCGCGCGGCCCGGCGACACGCUCGUGGACUUCUGCUGCGGCGGCGGCCAUCUGGGCCUGCUGCUGGCCGUCCUGCUGCCCGCCUGCAGCGUUGUGCUGGUCGAAAACAAGGAGGAGUCGCUGCAGCGGGCCCAGCACCGCAUCGCCGCGCUCGGUCUCACCAAUGUCAGCCUGUACCAGUGCAACAUGGAGUUCUACCGCGGCGCCUUCCAGCUGGGCGUGGCGCUGCACGCGUGCGGGGUGGCCACCGACCUGGUGGAGCACUGCCUGGCGGCCGGCGCGGCGCUGCUCUGCUGCCCCUGCUGCUACGGCGCCGUGCACGACUUCGGCCCGGUGCGCUACCCGCGCAGCGCGGCCGGCCGGCGCACGGGCGCCGCGCCACGCGACUGGCUCGUGCUAGGCCACGCCGCCGACCAGACGCACGCCGACGACUCGGCCAAGUCGCAGCAGGGCCGCGUCUGCAUGGCGCUGGUCGACUCGGACCGCGCCGCGCACCUGGCCGAGGCCGGCUACCGCGUGCUGCUCACCGUCGCCGAGCCGGCCGACUGCAGCAACAAGAACCAUCUGCUGGUGGCCGUGCCGCCCGGCUGGGACGGCGACGCCAGCUUCCUGGCCGGCGCGGCGCCGCCCGUUGGCUGCCAAUUAGGCGGCGACAACUGAGACGCGCCGCGACGGGCGGCGCUGGUGACGAUGGCGACGCUGGCGCGUGUUGUUUUUGUGUUCAGCGGAUGUGUAGGAUGAAGAGGCCGUGGGAUAAGCGGGCGUUGAUUUAUCAUGAACGUGUAACUAUUGGUUUUAAAAUAUACAUGCCAAAAGCUUG